GACUGUCAUCUUCGCUGCGAAGUGAUCACAGCCCACAGGGUCGUUUUUUUACUAUAUUCAUGGUCAUCCUAACAAACCUUUCAUUGGUGGUGACGACGUCGUAUUUUGCAAACAAAGAAAGAAAUGCAAGUUGACCUCAUGAUAAUAAUCAUCAGGGCAGCAAAUUUAUGAGAGCCACAAGACUUAAGCCCAUUUGAGUACAAUUGCCCAUUUUUCGUGUAGUGAAUUGAUUGUGAAACAAAAUGUCAACUCCUGCAAGAAGACGUCUGAUGAGAGAUUUCAAGCGCCUGCAAGAGGACCCACCAACUGGUGUGUCGGGUGCUCCCACAGAUAAUAAUAUUAUGAUCUGGAAUGCUGUGAUAUUUGGACCGCAUGAUACUCCAUUUGAGGAUGGAACUUUCAAACUAACAAUUGAAUUCACAGAAGAAUACCCAAACAAACCUCCUACUGUUAGAUUUGUUUCUAAAAUGUUUCACCCAAAUGUGUAUGCUGAUGGUGGUAUUUGUUUAGACAUAUUGCAAAACAGAUGGAGCCCUACCUAUGAUGUGUCUGCCAUUUUAACCUCAAUACAGUCAUUGUUAAGUGACCCCAACCCCAACUCUCCAGCGAACUCGAUGGCUGCACAACUAUAUAAAGAGAAUCGGCGGGAAUACGAAAAACGUGUGAAAGCAUGUGUGGAACAGUCUUUUAUUGAUUAGCAGGGAGUUAUAGAGUUGAAAUAUACACAUUAUUUGGAAAGCUCUGGUGGUAUUGGCCUCCAUCUCCAUAGAAAGUCAUUGGGACAUGUGUAUAAAUUAUUAUGAUAAUUAAUUAAUAUUCAAUCAUAACCUGCAUUACUGCCAUUUAGCAUUUGGCAGUUAGAAAUAUAAAUACAAAAAAUGAAAAGCAAUUUAUAAAGCAAAUAUGUCAUCAGUAGAUUAAUAUGAUAAAAUAUAUUAACCAACAUUAAUAUAUGUAUAAACAUCGAAAAUUUAGGAGUUUGCAUUGCAUACAAUUAACAAUAGAAGUAGUGAGUUUUAACAUUUUAUCAAAUAUAAUUGUUUUUUUUUUUUAAUUAACCAGUUACGAAUUGUUAGAUUCGUGGCCUUUGCAGACAAUAUUGACUCAACACAAAAUAUACACAAAUUGUAGCAUUGAAAAGUGAGUUGCAAUGUUAUGAGAUAUAAUAGUGUUAUAGAAUUAUGUGACACAUACUCAAUUUUGUUGAGUGAAUAUAGUGUGGGAUGGCCAUUAAACAACAAACUAUUGCCAAAUUUGACAUAGUUCUUGUUCAAUCAAUAACAAUGAUUAAUAAAAAUAUUGCUUAAAGUCAUCUGCAAAGUCCCAUAACACUUAACACCUUGUAACAUUCAUACAAUGUGUACACGCCUUAUUAAAUGUUAGUAAAUUAAUACUUAAUACAUAAUUAUUGUACAAGUCUUGCAAGGUUACAUUACAAUGAUGUUUGUGUUACGGACUCGGCUGGUAGUAUAAAACUAGUAUUACUCUAAAUAUUUAUCUUUAUAAUUAGGCAUGCUUUGUUUAAUUACUGUAUUUUCAGUGUAAAAUAUUUUGAUUAUUCUGUCAUUCAUUAAUAAACAAUAAUUGAAAUCGUUAUAUCUUGGGAAGAAUAAGUAGUACUGUUACAAAAAUAUUAAAAUAAAUUUAUUGAAAUUUCCAGUUUACUAAGAUUAGUAUGAGCAAUUUUAUAACGUUUACUUUUACAAAUACACUCUUGAUUAUUGAAGUAUUGAAUUUUAUUGAAAACUACACAAAUUAUUAGUCAUCACAAAAACAUGUGAAAUGGAUGUCCCAAUGAAAUAUUUGCUGAAACUUAUUUCACUGUUUCAGGUUUCAACAUUUACAAAUAGGUGUGUGUAUAAUGUUUGUCUUCUAGUAAAUAUUAUUUUUGGUUUCA